AGGCGGGGGUGGUUUUUGCAAAUGUUUUCUUUUGUUGUUGCUGCCCUAAAGGAAAAUGAUUUCAGCUGCAAAUUAAACCAAUCAGCUAAUUUGAUUAAGUUACAAAACCAAUAAAAGAUCAUAAAGCAUGAUAUAGCAGAGCAGGAUCGAAAAAAAUCACACUUGGAAGUACAAAUAAAAGCAACUGCAAAGAUGUCGCCAAGUUCUGUGUGGACCUUCGGCCUCCUGAGUGCUCUGCUUGUGACCUUGGGCGCGACUGCGAUUUCUUCGAGGGUUCUGGAGCUCAGUGACCGAUUCAUCGAUGUGCGUCAUGAGGGCCAGUGGCUGGUCAUGUUUUAUGCACCCUGGUGUGGCUACUGCAAGAAAACAGAACCCAUAUUCGCUCUGGUGGCUCAGGCGCUCCAUGCCACCAAUGUGCGGGUGGGUCGCCUGGAUUGCACCAAGUACCCGGCUGCCGCCAAAGAAUUCAAGGUUCGCGGUUAUCCCACCAUCAUGUUCAUCAAGGGGAACAUGGAGUUCACCUACAACGGAGAUCGCGGACGAGAUGAACUGGUGGAUUACGCCUUGAGGAUGUCGGGUCCUCCAGUUCAGCUGGUGACGCGAACGGAGAGUGUGGAUAUGCUCAAGGGAUCCCAUACGAUCUUCUUCAUUUUUGUGGGCCAGCAGGAGGGUGUGGUGUGGGACACGUACUAUGCGGCAGCAGAAGGUUACCAGGAGCAUGGAUUCUUCUACGCCACCAGUGAGGAUAUCGCGGCCCAGCACUUUGACUUUGAGAAACUGCCAGCAGUUAUAGUCUACAAGGAGGAGCAGCAUCACUUCUAUCCCCACGGACACUUGGCGCACGAAAUGGACCCCAAUGAAGUGAACGAGACCGUUUUCCAGUGGGUGAACGUCGAAAGGUUCACACUCUUCCCGAAGGUCACUCGAUUCAACAUCCAUCAGCUGCUUAAGACGAACAAGUAUCUGGUUCUGGCUGUGGUGCAGGAGGAUAAGCUUAAUCAGAUAGCCACCCAUGAACUGGAAUUCCGAGACAUGGUCGAGGGCGUGAUAAGGAAACACAGGGCGCGAUAUCACGAAAAGUUCCAAUUCGGAUGGAUCGGGGAGCCAUCUAUAGCACAUUCCAUCAUUCUGGACCAACUACCUACGCCGCAUUUAAUAGCGAUUAACUCGAGCACUCAGCACCACUUUUUACCCGACGAUGAUCCCAUUCAGAUGACUCCGCAGGCACUUCAUCUUUUCCUGGAGUCCAUCAGCAAUAAGAGUGCGGUUGCAUAUGGAGGAGAUACGUAUUUUGUACGUCUAAAUCGUGCGCUAUUCGAAGUGCGAAGAGCUCUUAGGGAUAUGUGGCUGGGAAAUCCCGUGCUGACCACUGUAAUCUUUGGCCUGCCGCUUGGGUUCCUCUCGCUUAUUAUGUAUUCCAUUUUCUGUGGCGAUUGUUUGGUUACUGAGGAUGAUCAGGAUGAAGAUCACGAAAAGAAGGAGUAAGAGGAUCGCUUAAAGAAAGAUCGCAUGAAAAUUAAGAGGAAAGUGAUGGAAUCCAUGAUGAAGAAGCAAUUAGAUAAAGGUAAAUCUGGUGAUCUCGAAAAAUUGAAUGUUUUGUAGAAGAUCCCUAGAAAAAAGUGUAACAAAACCAAAAGAAGAAUGAAAAGAAAAAGGCCAUAAGUCGUAGCAGAUCCCAUCCCCUAGAGCAACUUUUCUACCGUAUAUAUAUGUAAGCCAAAUCUAGUCCUAUGUCAAGGCAUCUCAUCUCCGCUGGUCGAGAAUUUCCAAAUCCGCUUAAAGAAUCGCCAUUUGACACAAAGAAAUCAAUUCGCCAUUGUGCGUCUGGUUCUUUUUUUCUCGUUUUAAGUUAGUAAAAGUAAUAAACAUGAUUUAGCGGA